CACUCAAAUUCCCAUGCCAAUGCAACACUUCUACUAGCAUUCAUUACUCCACCAACCCACACUAAAUUCAACACGUCUCUAAAAAUCAGCUCUUGCACUUUGUGUUUCAGAUCCUUCUCUCUCUCUCACACACACACAGAUCAAAUGGCUGCAUCCUGCUAUGGAGUUUCCUCAGUCCUAGGCCGGAGCCCGGUCAACACAAAACACCUACUUGGAGCUUCUAACUUUGCACUUCCUAUCAAGAGAAAUCUCAAGUUUAUAGUGAGAAGCUCGGCUGAGCAGAAUGAUGACACCAAAGAGCCGGCCAUAGCCCCUCCCACUCCCUCUCCCACACCUAUCCCUCCCAAGCCUAAGGUGAGCACGGACUUCUUCGACGUGUUGGCCUUUAGUGGACCGGCCCCAGAGCGGAUCAACGGGCGGCUGGCGAUGACCGGGUUUGUGGCCGCCAUUGCGGUGGAGUUGGCCAGCGGAAGGGACAUCUUCGCGCAGGUGCAGAACGGUGGAUUCCCGUGGUUUGUCUUCACCAGCGCGCUGCUUUCGGUAGCUUCCCUCGUCCCUUUGUUCAGCGGCCAGACGCCUGAAUCCAAAGCCGGGGCUGUCAUGACCUCUGAUGCCGAGCUCUGGAAUGGGAGGUUUGCCAUGCUCGGCCUCCUCGCUUUGGCCCUCACUGAGUAUAUCAAAGGUGGCGCCCUUGUGUCUCUCUAAGCUGGAGGAGUAUCAUCGUUGGUGCUACUAAUAUGUUGCAAAUUUAUGUCAUCAUGUUUUGUAGAUACUUCAUGUAAUAGUAUGAAUUUAGAUGCUUGCCAGUAAUAUGAUGAAUUUCAUCCUGUCAA